AUGUCGGAAUCCGAGGGCAAUUCCUUCAACGAGAACGAAGACGAUCAUGUGGUCGGGCUGGUCGAGUACAUUAACGACCAGAAUGCUGAGAUCGAACAGGCUGAUUUGAUACUGGAGGCGUCGGAAAGCGACAGUUGCACUUAUUCCUUGGGAUACAUGAAUCGACAAGCUUUGUACGCUUGUCUGACUUGCACUGAAAAAGACAAGUUGCCUGGUGCUAUAUGUUUACCCUGUAUGUACCAAUGCCACGAAGACCAUGACUUGGUUGAGUUAUGGACAAAAAGGAAUUAUCGUUGUGACUGUGGAAGUGAUAAGUUAACAUCAGAAUGUCAAUUGGAACCGUCAAAACCAGAGGCAAAUGACCGCAAUGUUUACAACCAAAAUUUUAAGGGCUUAUAUUGCAUUUGUCAACGUCCUUACCCUGAUGCUGAAAAUACUGAUGAAAUGGUACAAUGCAUUGUUUGUGAAGACUGGUAUCAUAGCAAGCAUUUGGGUACUAAAGAUAUGAAUCCUGAAGAUUAUUCCGAAAUGAUAUGUUCAGGUUGUACAUCAAAAUUAAGUUUCUUACCAGCCUACAAUCAUUUAAUUGUGACUGAUGAUUCUGUUCAGAACAUCGAAAAAGGUGAUGAAUCUGAGGAUGUGGAUGUUGUGGAUACGAUUAAGGAAUCUCAAGAUGAUGCUGUAAAUGGUUUAAAUGACAUAUCCAAGGACACGACAUCUGACAAUACUAAAGCUGGUACUUCUAGCGGUGGCAAUUGUAAAUUGUUAAAUGCAAAAGACCUAAAGAAAAUCAUUGGUAGUUCUUUCUGGGUAGAGGGUUGGCGUCAAGAACUUUGUACUUGCUCUACUUGUAUUGAACUAUAUAAGACAGAAGGCGUUCCAUUCAUUACUGAUCAACAAGAUACCUUACAAGCAUAUGAAAACAAAAGUCGUGAAAGAAUGAUGGCUAAGAAAAAGCAAAGUGAAGAUGGCCUUUCCAAAGCCUUAUCAUCUAUGGACAGAGUGGCCGCAGUGGAAUUAGCUCAUCAGUAUAACCAGUUCAAAGAAGAACUAGGAGAGUGGCUAGGCAGCUUUAAAGGUGAUAAAGUUGUUAAAGUGGAAGACGUGCAAGAGUUUUUUUCUGGUGUGCAAGCGAGAAAGCGUGCUAGGAUGGAUGAUGGAAUUCCGCCAAGUUUCUGUCGUUAAUUUAUUGCUUAAACCACAUUUAUAAUCAUAGUUUUAAAUACCAAUCAAUAAGAUAAUAUUUUAAGUAUUUCCUAGUAUCUUAAAAAUUUAAUUUAAUUUAAUACAUUUGUAUUCUUUACUCAUAUAUCAAUAAAAUAUAUUAUGUCAUAAUUCAUAAUAUAUUGCUAAUGGUCAUGGUAUUCUUUAUAAAGUAGUUUUAAAUUUAAUAUUAACAAGACCCUUAUGAUAGUUGAUUCUCAUUGAUGCCUGGCUGACAGUUAUUAAAAAAUGCGGAAGUUCUAAUCAUGUCCACUUUUUCUGUGCAAUGUGCAAUUUUGUGCAUACACAUAUUAUAUAGUUAUUCAAAUUUAAAACUCAUGGUCUGUCUAAUGAACAAUUUAAGUAUUAAAAUUGUACAAUAUAGUUUAUUUUUUAAAAUACAUUUCUUAGAAUAUGAAUUACUAUACUAUUUCGUAAUGUCAUACACUAUAGUUCAUUAACUAAUACAAAUAUAAAAACAAGUUUCAUUAUGCCAUUGAGAGAUGAUUACAAAAAAAAAAAAUUACUUGUUCCAUUUUUUAUUGCUAAGAAAGAAAAGGUGAUACUAAUAUUAAGUACUUUUAUUGGUGGUACAGAUUACUGUAGAAUUGUCAAUAAUUUAUUUAUACUAUUUUGUUUAACUAUGAUUUGACAAUGUUUAUCAAAAAUAAAGUAGUUUUAACUGAGAA